CCCCCGCAAGCAGCGAAGAGUUCCAGAGCUCAGGUUGAUCGGCGAAGAGAUGACGAGCACCGUCCCGCUAGGGUUCCGGUUCUAUCCGACGGAAGAAGAGUUGAUCGGUUUCUAUCUUCAAAACAAGCUCAACAACAGAAGAGAAGACAUGGAACGGGUCAUCCCUGUGGCCGAUGUAUACUGCUGCGAUCCAUGGCAGCUUCCACCAAUAUCGGGAGAGGCGUGCGGGCGAGACGGAGAGCAAUGGUUCUUCUUCUGUCCGAGGCAGGAGCGAGAGGCCAAUGGGGGGCGGCCGACUCGCACCACGCCGUCGGGCUACUGGAAGGGCACCGGUUCGCCCAGCCUCGUGUACUCGUCCGAGAACCGGGCCAUAGGCGUGAAGAGGACCAUGGUGUUCUACCAAGGAAGUCCUCUCGCUUGCACAAAGACGAAGUGGAAGAUGAACGAGUAUAGAGCGCUCGAGGAAGGGGCCACCGGCGUCAUCUCAAGUGCAGCUGCAAAGCUCCGUGGGGAAGUUAGCUUGUGUCGCGUGUACACCAGAUCAGAGUCCGUCAGAUCGUUCGAUCGACGCCCUGCUGCUGCUGCUGUGACUGAUGAACGAAGAACGGCCGAGGUGCCGCGCUCGAGGCCCGUUCCGGCUUCAGCAACGAGGUCUUCAUCUCAUCACAGCUCUUCAUCUGAUGGGAAUGGCUCUCGGCGUCCGGUGCCUCGACGAGAAGAUGACCUGACAUCGAUGGGCGUCAAGGAGUGGUUCUCGUGGCAGCACUUGCUCCGAAGAUGACAGUUGUUGGGAAUUAUCUAUCGUAUUGUCGUAAUCACGACUAUAGUUUGUUAACAUUAUGUAGAAUAGGGGCGAAUAAAGGAUGGAGUCUAUAUUAAUA